AUGAGCCUAUUAUGUAUCGCUCAAGCUGGGAUUGGACUCUGAAGUCUAAUAGCACAAAAUCUAAUACGCUAUGCACUAUGCAUAAUGCAGAACACAAGACUUAUCGAAAAUUCUAGAAGCUCUUGGAAUUUCCCUCAUUAUCUUCAAGUGACUUAUUUUUAUGAAUUUAUUGUAGAAUCCGAUAUAUUGAAAUCGUCAUAG